CGUUGAUCAGUGUGAGAGAUUCUUUGUCUUCUCUCUAAAUGGGAAUGGGACGAACAACUUCGAAGCUGAAGAAGGCCACAAAGAGACUGGUCUUAGCUGCUUGUCGCUCUCUUUCUCUUCUUCCUCCUCUGCAUGUGAAACAGAGUUCACGGGGAUCUACAGCUAUUAUAAAGCCAGAGAAUGUUCCUCUGCCUCAUCACCAUGAGGUCAAUGAAGAAGCCAUAGAUAAAGCAGGCUCCACUAAUCCUACUUCUACGAUCUUGUGCGCUAUUUGUCUAGAACCUCUAAGUCAUUGUGAUGAUAACUCUCCCAGUGAAGCUACAUUCACUGGACAGUGCUCGCACUCCUUCCACUAUUCGUGCAUUGCUUCCAAUGUGCGUCAUGGAAGUGUCACUUGUCCUGUUUGCCGUGCCCAUUGGACCCAUCUCCCUGCUCCUUCCUUUCCCCACUUCUCUGAACGCCAACAAGACGACUCUGUUCUUCGUAUUCUUGAUGACUCCAUUGCCACUUCCCGCGUCCAAAGACGCUCGCUCCUUCGCUCUGCUCGCUACAACGAUGAUGAUCCUAUCUCCCCUCCUCACUCCACCACGAGCUAUCCUCGUCUAGACUUCUCUUUAAUCCCUCUCACAGUUGCUCCCAACCUGAUGUCUUAUCCAUGCUGCUUCCAACCUCUCCAAGGUGCUUAUUCUCCAUUACAAAUGUGUAGAGGGUUCGACACAAGUCAAAGUCACUUGACCAGUUCGUUGGGCACAAGAAAUGCAUAUCUCUCGGUGAAGCUGAAAGAUCCACAACCCAUUGACUUGGUUCUGGUUGCGAGUCCUAGCGGGCCACAUUCUCGCCUUCUCAAGCAAGCUAUGAUAUUAGUAACCUCCUCUCUUCGACCAGUUGAUCGUCUAUCCAUAGUGACAUACUCAUGUGUUGCAGCACGUGUGUUUGCUCUGAGACGCAUGACUUCAUGUGGAAAGCGGGCGGCUCUGCGAGUGAUAGACCGUCUCUUCUACACGGGACAAGCUGACCCUUCUCAAGGCAUUCUUAAGGGCAUUAAAGUACUCAAAGAUCGUACCUACAAGAAUCCACAGUGCAGCGUUCUACAUAUCUCAAGUAGUCCAAUAAGCUCAUAUUAUCCCAACAGCGUGAUGCAUAGAGGUGUCAUGGUCCAUAGGUUUCACGUUGGGUUUGGUACUGAGACUUGGAAUGGUUUUGUGUUUCAUAAGUUGGAAGAGUUUCUAGAAAACGUGUUGGGAGGAGUAGCGAGUGAUAUUCAACUGAGGAUCGGGAUGGAAGGGAAGAUUGUUAGAGUAGGGGAGUUGAGAGGUGGUGAAGAGAGACAAGUGUUGCUAGAUCUUGGUGGGCAUGUUAAUGUUCAUCUCUGCUAUAGCUAUGUGGAAGGAGACAGUAAUGAGUGUAUCAGGAGAAGAGGGGAGACGACACUGAGCUUAGUUGAGGACAAGGAAGGGAUAGAAAGUGAUGAUUGUUAUGAAUCUGGAGGUGGGAGGGGUGAAGACUAUGUGUGCAGCAAUAGUGUGAGAAGAAGCAUUAAUGCUGGAGCUUGGGACUAUUAUGAUCCUUUUAUGGCUAGAAGAUGGGCAAAGCGGUUGCAUGAAACUGUAAAUCUUUGAUUAGUUUAACCAUGUUAGUGAACAUCUUACUUGUAAACUUUCUCAAUAUUUGCUCAUGUAGCAUGUUACAACAUACCACGAAUUCAUGAUUAAUUCAAGACUAGAGAG